AUGGGGAAUAUACAAUCAGCAGUCGAAACCCCUGUUCCGAGGUCGUCUCCGAAGUCGUCCCCCAAGUCGUCUCCCCAGAGGCUGUCCAAGCCCAAAACCGCCAACCCUACCAACGAAGGCCUACUUCUCUUGAACCCCGGAGGUCUCUCUACCAGUUUAAAACGCCAGAGCGCCGUCCUACCUGCUCGUCCCGAAAAUGUACCUCUCGAAACCAACCCAGCGCCAAUAAUGCGCCCAUCCGCCGAUGUGUCCGAGGGUAUCCCGGAGGAAGGAGAGGCAGAAUUGGAAAAGAAAGGGUCACUCAAGUCGAUACAAGAAAAGGCUACCAAGAGAAUGAGUCUGUUUCGGUCCAAGUCUUCACGAGGAAAUCCUCAUAAGGAAAAGGGGGCCAGCACUGCUCGGCCAACCUCACGGAAUUGCAACACCGCCACAGGUACCAUUCCCAGGUCCAACUCCAUGACUUUUGAGUCCGCCGCCGCGGCUUAUAUGCAGCCACGCCAGGACAGCUGGGCUGGUCCGCCUCAAACCCGCACAACUUGGAACUACGAUACAGCUACUUAUGCUUCUCAACGACUAAUCAACCUUGCAGAGGAGCCGGCUUUCGAACAUACAAGUGCCGUAUCAGAGCGCGCGGCGACGAUGACAGAGUACUCGUGGAACGGAGACCAGUUUGACUACAACGGAGCUUCUAUCAGCCGCGCAAACUCCGACCUUUCUCUCUAUGUGCCGGUCCGCCGACGAUCGAUACUUCAGACGCCCGGUGUGGCAACGCGCAGAACUUCUACGAGAGAUGGCCUGACCCAUUCGCAGUCAGUUCGAUACAGCCAUCCACAGACGCCGCAGAUCUCGCGCCAGCAGUCGAUCGAGUCUUUCCGGGAGGGUAUUCUGUCCAUGCCGCCACCUGGGCUAGACCCACAGCUUUUGCAGCGGGUUGUGACACCAUGCGAGGACGAAUAUCAGUCAAUUGGAGCUUUCAAACUGGGAACAUUGCGUAUUACCAACGGUUCUGCGAGCCCAAUGAGCCCCGAGCUCGAGAGGAAGGGACAACGGGACUAUUUUUCGAGGGUUCAGAGCAGCAUAGAUUCACGUGCGGAGGCGAAUCAAUUCCUCCAGGUCAAAGUACCUGAGCCGCGCGUUGUGAGACCAGCCAACAGCGUCCCGGCCGCCCUGUCUCAGCCUGAGUAUUCUUCAAACGAAGUUUUGGACGUCCGUCUUGAUCCCAAUGCAAAGUCGCAGCCCAGCACAUCUCCCAUCGGUGACGCAGCUGCGACUGUCGCUAGAACAGAUAGCGGUUUCAUGAGCCUCUCUGACGAACCUCUGAACAUCAAGCCUUUGGCCAAAGCCGAUUCCGGAUACAGCUCCAAUGUGUCUUUGCGCUCGCUUCACACCAAGUCUCAGACCUUUGAGCAUAAGAGGAAAAAGUCAAAUGACAAACAGACCAUUCCGGUUCAAGAUUUCGGCCUCGACAUUCCACUCACUGUUUCUCCCCUAAUGACCCCUGAAUCAGAGGCGCCUCCACCUGUUCCUCCCAAGGAUACUCCCCCGAUCUCUCCUCUCGAGGGAGGCCAGAUGUUUGAGAGUCUCCGGAAGAGUCUUUCUCUCCGCGGCCAGCAAGCUAAAGCCGGCCUCUUGACUCCCAAGUCCUCAAAUAAAAGCGAAAAGCGUCCUUCGCUGACCGGCAGCAGCCCGAAGUCGCCAGAACUCAACAGCCUUACUCCAGCCAGCACCAAGUCCAGCAAAUCAGAUCGUUCGAACUCGGCUCUCAGCAUCAGCAGCAUCUCGCAGAAGCCAAGCAGGCUGUCGAGAUUUUUGAGCGGAGCUCGCCGCCCUAGCGGUCCUUUGGCUACACACAGCCGCCAUGGACUUGAAGAGGAGCGCGUUCCACCCGUCCCGAAGGACGUCGAGCACAAGUUCCGCGAACACGGCAGGCGCUUUCCCAUGACCACCAAGAGGUUGGCUCUGAAGCAGAGUUCCAGCAUGGAUACCCUCAAGACCAUCUUUAGCGUGAAUAGUCUUGAAGCAAGCCUUGACGCGGUCGCCGCCAAGCCCGCGGUUCCCACAGUUCCUGAGGCGGAAACUGGCGAAGUCGCGACGACCAAGGGCAUUUCCUGGAGAAAAUCGAUCAGAAAGUCGAUGGUCAGGAAGCCCGUACCCGUCAGCAAAGAUGAUGCGAAGGAGGGCCGCAAAGAGGAGCAACCGGGCGUCUACGAUUCGAUUCUUCCACCCAAGACUGGAAAGGUGUACGGCACCGUCAAGAGCAGUUUCGGGUCUGAAGCACUCAAGGACGCGGAAAUGGUCGACUCCAGACUGCCAUGCGAGAGGGCCAUGAGUCUUACUGUCUCGCUUGAGCGAACUCUCAAUAUGCAGAUGGUUGGAGCGCACUCGAACCUGGCUAGCCUUCCCAUGGAACUGCCUCCCGCGUCACUUCCCAGCCCAGUGCUUCCCCGAACCAUGUCCAUGACAUUCGAUCACAAGACGACGCAUAACCAACCACCUGUUAGCAUGCAAACGAGGCGUAUGUCGCUUCGGGUUCCUCAAACUCACCUUCGCCCACAGUCAUCGACUUCCAGCCUGAGACAUGAGGUCAGCCGUGAAAAUAUUCACAGCUAUCCGUCUGCGCAGUCCAGUCGCAGGCCGAGCAGGGAAAGCAUCCACAGCUACCCGACGCACGAACAGGCAGCUCAGAACUACAGUGCUCACCAGGAAAUGGGAACCAUUGGCCAGGAUUACUUGGGCACUUCGGCUGCUCCUCCCCAGAUGGACCCUCGACGACUUUCCGCUUUCCGGCAGCGCCAAAAUACACUGCCUCCUACUUACAAGAUUCCCGACUGGAACCCACCCAUCAGGGCCGAUAUCAGCCGUCAGUCUUCCAUGACAUCCUCAAAUGGAACGAGUCGUCACAAUUCGCUUCAAGCAAGCCGUCACAACUCGCUUUCGGCACAGAGUCAGGACAUUAAUGGGGUACAAAGGCCGAGCAGCGCCCAGCCGCGCCAUAAUUCCUACAUUCAGCGGACUCAAACGCUUCGUCACAGGCCCAGUCACGAUGCUUAUCAGCAGCUGCGCCUCCAAAACGCUCACCCUCCAGACAUGUCAAGUGUCUACGGGGUGCCCACACACGACCCUUACAAAGAUGUUCAGGGGCAGAUGGUGCCUGACAGCGCAUACCCGCCCUACGUUCCCCGACAGACAAGCCAUCAUAGGAAGCGCAGCAUGAGCAUGCAGACUUCGCAUGGUCCCAAUCUGCCUUAUCGGGUCCUUCACAGCUACAACUCACCGGCUUACCGCAAUGCUCCUAUCUGGGGCUAA